AUUAUUUGAUAUUAUAUAGAGAUAACCUUGUCCGUCAUCUUAUCACAACCUCGGAGCGUCAGCACGCGCCUUCCGUAAAGAUGGUGUGAUUGGAUAGAAAAUGGCGGCCAGAAGCAAAGAUGAUUCAUUCAAAUACAAAACUCUGAGACCGUGUGUUGUGUACAUAUAUGGAAACCCAAGCGGAGGACACUGUGAGGAGGAAGAUGGAGUCGCUGCGAUUGAUCUACGACGGAGAGAUACCGAUUCAGCAGCGGAAGAUGGAUUCUCUAAAGGCUUCGUUUCGGAAAUCCCUGGAAUUGAUCGGGGUUACAGCGCGGGAAACCUUCCAAAAUCAUGGAAAAAUAGGGGAGGUUAAAGCUAAGCUGAGACUGGCGGAGGAUGAUUUGGUGAAAGCACUAGCAGUGAAGACCCGUAAAGAAGCUGAGAGGAUGGCGAAAAUGGAUGCUAUUGCUGCUCAAAAGGCAAGAGUAGAAGAGCUUAGAAGAAGCGUGCAAGAGCAGAGGGCUAAUAGGGAUGAAUAUGCCGCAAUUAUAUCUCAACAAUUUCUAGCUCUGGCAACAUUUGAAGAUAGGAGUAACAAAGAAGUUGAAUGUAAAGCUGAAACACAAGAUGCAACUUUGUGGUAUAAUAGAGUUCUUGGUUUCCAUGUCGAAGGCGGACAUGGGGUAAAAUUUACUUUCAAGAACAUUAAUAAGAAAAACCCAAAUGAGAAGUACUCUUUCACCAUUCGAUAUGCAUAUGAUACUUACACCUUGUUAGAUUGUGAUAUACACUUGAAUGACACCAAAGAGUUGAUCCAUGAAUUGAACAGAACCAAUGGUUUAUUCAAAUUUGUCAGAAUCAUGAGAGAGAAGUUUCAAGAAGCUAUGGCUCAAGAGUUUUUGCCUCAAUCAACUACUAGUCAUCAAGAGUCUUCCAUGAUCUCUAUGUCGGCUCCAGUUUUGUCCGUGUCUACUGAUGGAAGCGAAUCCAGUGACUACCGUUUUCAACAUGGAGAAGGCAAUAGACCUAAGAAAGUACUCCAUGCAAGAGUGAUGAAACCUGAUGUUUUGUCUCCAGGAUCAGCAUCAUCUGUUAGAUGUUCCCCUCGUUUGAAGGUUUAUAUAUGAAGAUGGUGGCUGUUAUAUCACAUCAAAAUUGAUUCAACAUACACCUCGGGCCGUAAGCUCUCAGCUAAUCAUAACUCAUGACUCAGGCUGUUUCACGAUUGACAUGCAAAGCACAACAUACAAGUGUUUGCUGUUUAGAAACGGAUGACAGCGUCACCAUUUUAUGUUCCCAGAAUUCUGUACGGUGUACUUUGUUUUAAUCUAAUUAUCAGAUUUUAACUGCUGAUACAACUCUUACAUGUAUUUCUUAGUUAAACUCAAUUACUUCAUUGCCAAUUAUUCCCUUAAACUUUGACUCGAUAGAAUUCAUUCGUGCAACCGAUCUCUAAUUAUCACUUCACCUCACAUGCAUUAUAGGUGCUGUUAACAUGUGUUAUUUAAGGGUAAGUGAUAAAGGGGUGAUAGUUGGCGGGAUUGAAUUGUAUUAGGUCAAAGUUUUAGCAAGUGACAAUAGGUGACAGUUUGGGGGAUCGAGUUAUAUUGAGUCAAAAUCUGGACGAUAAAAGGAGGUGGAGGGGUUGGAACCUACUCUGUACUUAUAUUAUUAUUUUGAGAAGUACAGUUUUUCGAUUAGUAAUUCCACUGUUCAUGAGUCUUGCCCGUGUGCACGGAUUUUGUGAGUAUAGCAUUUUUGUAGUAUCAUUUUGCAUAAGUGGUGAAAAUGGACAAAGAGAAGAAUUUGGGUUUAAAGUUCAAACUUGAUAUUCCCUAUUCUCUAGUCUGAGCGAGAAUUGGAUGGUUUGCCAGCCUAUGAUCUGCAUUUCCUUUUUAUCGGUUAGGAGGUCUAAGAAAGUCAUUCUUGUUGAUUCUUGACCUUUGUGUUCAAAUAAGUUCCUUUAAACUUGUUCCUUGUAAUAUAUUUGGCAUCUUUGUAAGUAACAUAAA